CACAUGAAGGAUGUUUUGAAAUGUUCUGCGGACUCCUCAAUUUUUAUCAUGAAAACGGCACUUUGGCAACUUGCUGACAUUAUGCCGACAACACGUAGGAAGAAACAGGGGAGGGACACCUCUGUAUGUCUUAUACAUAAUAUAAAUAUAUACAUUAUACAGCAAAACAUGAUAUAGAGAGUGGUGUUUUUUUAUCAGUGUAACUAAGUACUCUUUUUGAUGGACUCCAAGUCUUCCCAUUGCAAGCCAAGUUCAGGGCACCAACGACAGCAGUGUGUUGAGCAAAGUGCAAAGCGGCCAGAAGAGCCCCGCUCAUCAACAGGAAUGAGCUUUUGUGCAUUUAAAUUGUAUGCAGUAGUAUACACACCAUUAUACACUAUUAUAAAGAAAGUCUGGAGAGCUGUGGACCACUGUGUGAAGAGGUUCUUACAAAUGACUGAAAACUGCCCCAAAAGACAGGCAAGUUAUCAGCAUAAUAAGCGCUUUGAGCACCAGGAAAAGCACUAUCUAAAUCACAUGUAUUAUUAUGAAUCUGUCUCUAGGUGCAGGGUCUCCGCCUGCAUGCAGAGGAAGCACUUCACAGAGCUGUGUGUGUUGAGCAGCAGCAGGAAACACAUCACAUCUUGUGUCCAUAUCAUUCUGUUGUGGUGGUCAUGCCACAACCGUGCACGUGCAUGCAUACGCAAGUCAUGGUACUCCUCCCAUGUGAUUGGUGAGAGGCUGCUGGUGGUUGGAGGAGUUUGGCUGCUUUCAGACGGUGUUCCUGGAGUCCUGAUGAUAAACCUGAGCUCCCUCUGCAGCGUGGAGUUCAGACUGGAGACGUCCUCGGUGUCGUGGCCUCUGGUUCUCCACUCGUUCUGCUCCGAGCUGACGGACUCCAUAGAUCAGAAGCUGCUCCUGAUUGGAGGAGGAGGAAACUGCUUCUCUUUUGGGACUCACCUCAACCUGCAGCCGGUCACUUUGGACCUGAGAGCCACGCUGGGAUGAAGUAGCUUCAAGUGUUUCUGUGAAACUGCAACGCUGCUCAAAUCAACGACUUUAACUGAAGACAUGGAGACUCCAUGACUCCAGAAUUUUGUUGUAUGUUUAUGUAUGUUUUGAGUGUGUGAGGACCCCAGGAAGAAUAGCCAAUGCUCAUGCUAGUGCUAAUGGGGAUCCUAAAAAAAAAAGAAAAAAAAAAAAAGACUCCAACCAGACAGGAAGGAUUAACUUAUAUUUGUUAUAUGGUUUGUGUUUGUUGCAUGUUCUGUUGCUUUCACCUCUUAGAAUAUUUAACAAAUUGUACGGUGUCCUUGAGUGUCAUGAAAGGCGCCUUAAAUAAAAUGUAUUAUUAUUAUUAUUCAUAUUACAUGAGAUAGAGUGGAUUUAUUGAUUUGUAAAUACACUUUUUUGAUAAUUUUG